AUGGAGCGUCGCCAUAGAGAGAUUUCUCUUGAUGAGGUGGAUAUUGAUGGUCCGGCUCUUGUCCAUGUCGAAACAGGUGGAGGUGGAUAUGCUUCGUUCAACUCAGCCGGUCACUCUCAUGACCGAGAUGAAGAAGAGUACCCAGUAGAUAGUGUACCACCCCUAUUCGGUAAAUACGGUGAUUUUCACACAAUAGAUUGGCAACGAGAUCUCGCAAGAGAUAGGUUGCGACAUAAGUUGAUUGUUGAAAAAAGAGCUGAGUUUCCCUUGGGAAUUUUUCAAAGUGCUUGGGAUGCUGGCGCAGGAUGGAUAUGUGUUCUCAUGGAUGGAGUGUGUGCAGAUCGAUUUUGGUUAGAUCGUGAACAUUGCUGUUGGUCUUCAAAUGACACGGUUUUCAAAGACUCAGACUGUAGCGCGUGGACAGCAUGGCCGGAAAUGAUGAAUUACUAUGGAAAGAAUCCGUUUUUUUACGUUCUCGAAUUUGUUUUCUAUGUCGGUUGGGCUGUUCUCAUGGCUACGUUGGCUGUGAUACUUGUAAAGGUUUUUGCACCUUAUGCAUGCGGUUCUGGUAUACCAGAAAUCAAGUGCAUCUUGUCUGGAUUCGUCAUUCGUGGAUAUCUAGGAAAGUGGACGUUUAUAAUAAAAUCUGUGGGCUUAAUACUGGCAUCUGCUUCAGGUCUUUCAUUGGGAAAAGAAGGCCCUAUGGUUCAUCUGGCUUGCUGCAUUGGAAAUAUUUUCUCAUAUUUAUUUCCCAAAUAUGGAAUGAAUGAAGCCAAAAAGCGUGAAAUUCUCAGUGCAUCUGCGGCCGCUGGGGUCAGCGUAGCUUUCGGUGCUCCGAUCGGAGGUGUUCUGUUUAGUUUGGAAGAAGCAUCCUACUACUUCCCAUUGAAGACGAUGUGGCGUUCGUUUUUCUGUGCUCUGGUUGCUGGAAUUAUCCUCCGCAUAGUAAAUCCAUUCGGUAGCAACCAGACAUCACUUUUCCAUGUUGAUUAUAUGAUGAAGUGGACGUUCGUUGAACUUAUUCCUUUUGCGGGACUCGGCCUAUUUGGAGGCAUUCUUGGGAGCAUUUUUAUAUUUGGCAAUAUCAGAUGGUCACGUUUUCGUAAGACAUCGAAAAUUCUUGGCGGAAAUCCAAUAUACGAAGUAAUUGUUGUAACUUUUCUCACUGCUGCUAUUUCUUACUUUAAUCCUUAUAUGAGGAAAAGCGCUUCUAACAUGAUUAAACAGCUUUUUGAUAGAUGCGGUCCAGAAGACUAUGAGGUCAACUUAUGUGACUAUCAAAACAAAACAUUCACAACUAAUAAAGUGGACGAUAACUACCACACUGGCGUGUUUGGUAGUGGCGUACAGAAUGCAAUCUGGCAAUUGAUAAUGGCUCUCAUUUUCAAGUUUAUUUUUACAAUAUUUACAUUUGGCAUAAAAGUCCCAUGUGGGCUGUUUGUGCCAUCAAUAGCAAUGGGUGCUAUUGCUGGAAGACUUGUCGGAAUAAGUAUGGAAGGAGUAUUCCGCAGUUUUCAGAUGCAGAGCGGUCAUUCGAUGUAUUGGUCUUGUCAGAUUGGAAAAGAUUGUGUAAUGCCUGGACUUUACGCAAUGGUGGGAGCUGCAGCUGUUUUAGGAGGAGUAACACGAAUGACAGUAUCGCUUGUUGUCAUCAUGUUUGAACUCACUGGUAGCUUAGAGUUUAUCGUGCCGACUAUGGUAGCUACGAUGUUUUCGAAAUGGAUUGGUGAUGCGAUCUGUAAAACGGGUAUAUACGAUGCUCAUAUUGAGUUAAAUGGUUAUCCUUUUUUGGAUAACAAGGAGGAAUAUCCGUAUUCAACAAUUGCAGUGCAGGUAAUGCGGCCUUCUACUACAGCAGCUGUUGGUAUCAGCAAUCCUGAAAACUGUGCUGAGCGUAACGAGCUCGUUGUUAUCGUCCAGGAUGGCAUGUCUGUCGGGGACAUUGAGCAAAUGUUGCGUGAGAAUAACUAUAAUGGAUUUCCCGUGGUGGUAUCAGCAAAUAGCAUGUAUUUGGUGGGAUUCGUCACUCGGCGGGAUCUUCAACUCGCGUUACACGCUGCACGAAAAACCCAACCCUACAUUGUGACGGAUUCCAUUGUUUAUUUCACAAACCAGGUCCCUGAAUCCACUGCAGUAGGGCCAGCACCACUGAAGUUAAGAAAAAUAAUUGAUCUCGCACCCAUGACAGUCAUUGAUCAGACACCCAUGGAGACUGUUAUUGACAUGUUCAGGAAGCUUGGUUUACGGCAGGUCCUAGUGACAAAGAAUGGCAAAGUUCUCGGGAUUAUCACUAAGAAAGAUAUACUUCAAUUUAUGCGGAAUGCGCAGUCGGGUUUCACAAAUCCUAAUUUUAAAUGA